AAUGAAUCUGAAGCUGUUCAUUAAAGCAUAAGAAGAGAGAGGGAGAGAGAGAGCUCUCUCAUGAGUGACUGUGAGCACAGAUAACAAGCAUUACAAGUUGAUUCAGCUUUCUGACAUGAAUGUCUGCAACAAAACAAGGGGGUGGAAGAUGGAAACGUUGGAAAAAUGGAGCAGAGACAUCAUGGCACCUCAGCAGCUGGAUAAGAAAGAGCAUCCCAAACAAAAUGGCAUGAUUGCAAAAAAUCUGCUCAACUCUCUCAAGACUCGCAAUCGUUUGCAUCUCCAGCCCAUUUCUCGCUCAGCAUGUGCCACUGGCUCCUGUCCGGAUCUGAUGAGUAGGAACGAGCAGCCUGACUCCCGGCCGCUUGCCAUGGCCCUGACACCCCAGCUCCCCCCCAGGACCCAUCGGCCCCUGUGUCUCUCAGUGUCUUCAGACAGCAAUGGACGCUUCAAAGCUCUGGAGACCCAGGAAUGGAAGAACAACCUCAAAGCUCAGAUGGAGCAGGCCCACAGUGCCGGAGCAGCCAGCAGCACAGGUUCCCUGGAAAGAGCGUCUCUCUUCUGUGCUUCUGGCUCCACCACCACCUCCAGCUCCGGUCUCUCCAGUCCAGUGGAGCACCUCACCAAGAGCAAAUCCUCCAGUCGCUUUUCGCUUUUCUCCCCUCCUUGGAACAGCAGCUCUGAAUCCGAUUCCAAUCCUCCUUCCCGCUCCGGAUCCAAGAAAAUGCGCAACUACAGCCGCAGAGCUGUGCCUGGCAGUGCUAAGACAGGCCCAGAGACCCCCGAACCCAAGCAGAGUGUCCCUGAGCAUUUCCAGUACUCCGAACCGGUCAUAUCCAAGGUUACGGAUUACAUUUACGUGGGCAACCUGAACGCGGCUUAUAACGGACGUACGUUGUGCCGCAAUAACAUCGACAGUGUUAUUGACAUGAGCAGCCUACCUGGAGAGACUUGUUUAAGAGUCAUUCCUUGCACUUGUUCAAGGGGUGUCAAGCAUAGUUGGUCUCGACUCAAAGUGGACAUGAGCGACCUUCCGGACACUGUCCAAGAAGGGCUUGCGCUUAAGCACAGAUGCUUUGAGGACAUCAACGAGUGCAUCGAUGCCUCCACGGAGAAGAAGAAGCGAGUGCUGGUGCAUUGUCGGGAUGGGUUUUCCCUAGCCCCCACUUGCAUUAUUCAGUACCUCAUGGUCAAACAAAACAUGAGGCUUAUUGCUGCCUACGAGCUGCUCAGAGCCAAACACCCCGUCAACAUUCGUGAGUCCCAUCAGAAUGUUCUGGUAAGUCUUGAAAGAGCUUUGAGACCAGGCGGGAACACGGACCCAGAGUGCUUUAAACAGGCCAUUUCCCGCAAAGUGGCUUGGACCUGAUAGAGAACCUUGGAGAUCUUCAGUUUUCUUUGAACGUUUUUAAUUUUGUGAUUCUCUUUCCCCUUUGUAAACAGUUAAAGGCAGCUUUUUGUUGCAUUUUUAACUAAGCCGGAUGUCACGGUGUGAGUACUAACUGUGAAGAUUGUCUGAAGUUGUUCAAGUGGCAAUUUCAGAAAGAGUUUGAGUCAUUCAUUUCGCUUCUGGCUAAAUGAAACCUGAACAAACAUGCUUUGUGCAGCUGCUAAACAACAGAAUUUGUCCGGUAAAAUAUCUCCUAUUUAUUUUUAUUCACGUGGGUACAUAGCCAUGCUGUACAGGUUUAUGCUGAGGAAGAAAUGUAGUGGGGGCUCUCAGGAGAUGAAACGAUCACAUACGACUACAAAUGCCACUACUGAGGAGUUGGUGUGUAACAGGAAUACUAUUGACUAAAUAUCUCAACUAUUCUCUUUAACCGAUCAAAGACUAAACAUACCUAGUCUUUGGGUCUGGCAGUUCAAAGCACAAUUUAUGUUGGCCUCUUCACUGAUUUGACAGUUGGUUGAUAUAUUUCUUUGCAUUUAACCAGGGAUGAAAGCUACACAGUAAGAGUAGUCCUCUAUGAGGAGCCAUUUCAUUUACUACGUGUAUUUUAUUAAAUGUGUAAUACUCAACAUAUUUGACUAAUUUUAGUGCUUGAAAAUGUGAAUUUUGUGAUCGUGAAAAGCACUCAAACUGGCCCACUUUAUAACUUUUUAUAGAUUGUUGGCAUUUGGACAAUGAAUCGAACAGAAUUGUGGAGCAAUGCUCAAUUGCAAAAGCUUGAUAUUGCACUAACCACAAGGUAAUGCACAAGUUCGACACGUGACUGAGUUUGGUUAAUUGUUGCAUAGUAAAUAUAGAUCAAAAUAUUUUUAUCAUAAUGUUUGUUUAUCUAUAAUGAUUGUUGUUCAUGGAUUCUAUUGUAUUUUGAUUUAGCCAUUUAGCCACAUGUAUGUCACCAAGACGCCCUGGAUUUGAUUUAAUUGAGAAUUCAUUUUUGUUUACUUCAGUUGUUGCAAAUUGUUUGAUGUUUCCUGAAAGGAAAUCUGAAAAGCAAAUGCUUUCAUGCAGCAAAUAUUUUGAUAUCUUAAUCAGUCACACGCUUCGAAUGUUAUUACUCGAUUAAAUGGUUGUUAUCAGUGGUUAUCAGCUGAUAGAUAUGGGCCAGUAGGGGCCUUCUGUGCCUACUGGUAGGUUCAGAAGGCUGUAACAUGGUUAAUCAGCUAUACUAAUAGAGAAGACUCCAGAUCCAGAUUUGUUUUUACAUUACGCUGACAGUUGGAUUUGGGGUUGGGGGUAAGAGUAGACCAGGGGUUUCCAAACUCGGCCCUGGAGGGCCGGUGUCAUGCAGAUUUUAGAUCCAACUUGGAUCAACACACCUGCAAGGAUGUUUCUAAAAGGCCUAGUAAAAGCUUGAUUAGCUUGCCCAAGUGUGUCUGAUUGGGGUUAUAAUUAAACUCCAUCCCUCCAGGACCGAGUUUGGGCACCCCUGGUGUAGACAUUAAUAAAAUACAAUUAAUGGGAAAUUUAAUAAAUAAUAUAAAUAAUUAUCGUUAAGUUCCGGCCACAGCCAAAUGUGAUCUAUAGCUGAUUAACUAUGUGGAUGGAUGAUAACAGCCUAUUAGUAGGUGCAGAAGGCCCCUUUUGGCCCAUAUUUAUCAACUGAUAACGCCCAUUCAAUCGAUUGACAACAUUGGAAUCUGAUGAAUCAGUGAAGUUAGCUAUGCUAGCAGUGCAUCAUCAGGUGCUCAUCGUGUCAGGUUUUGUAAAUGAAAACAGCAACAGUCUUAUUUUAUUAGUUUCUAACAUGCUGCUUGGCAUCCAGUAUAUGCUGGAAAGUUCCAUUUAAAGACUUCAGAUGCAUGUGAAUUACUUUUUUGCUGACAUCUAUCCACAAAUAUAAAACGACGCGUCUUGGUGACGUACGUCUGCUUCAUGGGAAAACCGCUCUCAAAUAUUUGACAUGGCUUACGCUUGUCAGCAGUGAUUCUUCUAUUUUGAUAUUUAGUGCACAGUUUAGUGAAGAAAGACCCUUCUGAGUUUUGGUGCCUUUUGUUUGAACUUGUCCAGUGUGAUUAUUGUGACAUUCACACGCGCACACUGUAUGCACUCAUCAGGUAUAGACAGAAUGUCGUCUUUAUGCUUUGACAUGUUCAGGAAAUGCUCUUUGUUGGUGUAAUUUUGUGAUGUAUGGCAGAGAUCAGUUCCAUCUGAAUAAGCUGUUGUAAAGGUUUUAUAGCAGUGCUCACAGUGAACAGUGCCUGUACUGCAAUCAGUGUGGUGGUGACGUCAAUCAGUGUGAACAUUACCUUCUACGGGCCUGCAGUUAGCUUCUGACAUUAGCAAAGUUGUAUUUAGAUUCAAUUGGAACAUUUCUUGUUGCUUUAUUCUUAUUCAUUAGUCUAUUUAAAUCUAUUUUUGGAUGGUUGAUCUUACCCUGUAAAGGUCUAACAAUAUGAACUCUCAGGUUAACUUUAUGGGUCUAAAAUCAUUCUCAAUGCGUUAAAAAGCAGAAUAAUGUGAGGCAAUGUAUUUUCUGUAUCACGUUUUUGAAGAAAAUGCAUUUGUACAUGUUAUUAAAGAGAAUCUGAUGCACUGA